AUGCAGAUCUUCGUCAAGACCCUCACCGGUAAGACGAUCACCCUUGAGGUGGAGUCCUCCGACACUAUCGACAACGUCAAGAGCAAGAUCCAGGACAAGGAGGGCAUUCCCCCUGAUCAGCAACGCUUGAUCUUCGCCGGCAAGCAGCUUGAGGACGGCCGUACCCUGUCCGACUACAACAUCCAGAAGGAGUCAACCCUCCACCUUGUCCUCCGCCUUCGUGGUGGUAUGCAGAUCUUCGUCAAGACUCUGACCGGCAAGACCAUCACCCUUGAAGUCGAGUCGUCCGAUACUAUUGACAAUGUCAAGUCGAAGAUUCAGGACAAGGAAGGCAUCCCCCCGGACCAGCAGCGCCUGAUUUUCGCCGGCAAGCAGCUCGAGGAUGGCCGCACCCUCUCCGACUACAACAUCCAGAAGGAAUCCACACUGCAUCUCGUCCUGCGUCUGCGUGGUGGUAUGCAAAUCUUCGUCAAGACCCUGACUGGCAAGACUAUCACACUUGAGGUUGAGUCGUCGGAUACCAUCGACAACGUCAAGUCGAAGAUUCAGGACAAGGAGGGUAUUCCCCCGGACCAGCAGCGUCUCAUCUUUGCUGGUAAGCAGCUGGAGGAUGGUCGCACACUCUCGGACUACAACAUUCAGAAGGAAUCCACUCUCCACUUGGUGCUUCGUCUCCGUGGUGGUAUGCAGAUUUUCGUCAAGACACUCACCGGCAAGACCAUUACGUUGGAGGUUGAGUCUAGCGACACCAUCGACAACGUCAAGUCCAAGAUCCAGGACAAGGAGGGCAUCCCACCUGACCAGCAGCGUCUUAUCUUCGCUGGUAAGCAGUUGGAAGACGGUCGCACGCUUUCCGACUACAACAUUCAGAAGGAGUCGACGCUGCACUUGGUGCUCCGUCUGCGCGGUGGACAGUAG